CGAAAACACCCUUUGUUCCUCCGUAAAUCGAAACACAGACUGACAGACAGUCAUCGUAGCUCGUGGAACUCUCUCUUUAUCUCUCUAAACUGGAGCUUUCUUUAUCUCUCUAGAGCAAAAAAUGACGGACACCAAGGUGGAGACUAUAGCUCGACUCGCACAGUGGAAAAUCGAGAGCUUUGGUCCAACCUCUCCCUACAAAAGAUCCGACCCGUUCAAAAUCGGUAUUUGGAACUGGCAUUUAUCGGUGGAGAGGAAUCGGUCCACGUACAUCCGGCUUUUCCCCGAACCUUCGCGAGUUUCCAAGGAGCAGCCGCCGGUCGCCCGGUUUGUCAUACGUGUUACCACCGCCGCCUCCAGUCGCAGGCCCUACGUUUCUCCCAUUCACGAGAGACUACUCCGAACAAGUGAUGAUUUUGCCUGUGUUGUCGACAUCAACUUCCAAGGCCGUUUCACGAUUGAUGUCGAGUUUCUGGACCUUAAGAUCUGCCCUUUAAACGGUGGAGAAGGCAGCUCCAUAUGGCCCACAGACGCUACAUUACAGCACCAGUCAGCUCAAACCACCCUCCGAAGCCUCUCUCGCAUGCUUGAAGAAGGCAUCCACGCUGACCUCACCAUCACCACUGCUGACGGCACUCUCCGGGCCCACAAAUCUAUACUCUCCGCAAGCUCUCCCGUUUUCAACAGCAUGUUUCAACACGACCUCAAGGAGAAAGAGUCCUCGACAAUCGAGAUUCAAGACAUGACUUGCGAGUCUUGCAUGGCCCUUCUCAGCUACUUAUACGGCUCGAUAAAUCAAGAAGACUUCUGGAGGCACCGUUUGGCUCUGCUGGGCUCGGCAAAUAAGUAUGAUAUUUCAGACUUGAAAGAUGCGUGUGAAGAGAGCCUGUUGGAAGACAUAAACUCGGGGAAUGUGCUCGAGAGGCUGCAAGAAGCAUGGCUUUAUGGGCUGGAGAAGUUGAAAAAGGGUUGCUUGAUGUAUUUGCUCGAUUUUGGGAAGAUUUACGAUGUUAGGGAGGAGAUGAACGAGUUUUUCAGGCAGGCUGAUCGGGAGCUCGUGGUGGAGAUGUUCCAGGAGCUGCUUGCAGUUUGGAAACUGAUGUAAUGUGUUUUUUUUUACAAGAACUUUAUUUUGUUGUUUUGUUUUUACUUUUUAUUAUAUAUACUGCACGUUUCGAAUAUUGUAAAAUUUUAUUCGAUAGAUGGGUGUUUUGUAGAGAGAUUGGAAGAUGAUAGUUGUGGAAUGUGAAGUGUAUUGAGUGUAGCAGCUUGGUAAUGUUGGUAUAUGUAUUGAGAAUCUUGCUACUGUAAGAUAAAAGGGAUAUUGGCCUCUGAUCAUUUUUGUUUUGUUUCACGUGAUUAUUAUGAUAAAUGAAUACAUG